AUGAUUGGAGGAGAAAAAUUACGACAGGAGCGUGAAGAAUCUCCUUUGCAACGCACGCAAUCUCUUGGGGAAAUCACAACUUCUAGUGACGAGGAGGAUCAUCAUGCGGGUCAUGGUCGUGAACGUGAAGAGGCGGUGGCAGAUGGAAGUGUAAAUGUAAAUGAUGUUGACGCCGGCGUCGAAGGAGCAAAAAUGAAGGAGGCAGCACGACCCAAAGCGACGUCAGUAUCACCUUCCGCCGAUCGGGAUCAGGAAGUUGACGGUCGUGCAGCGAAGGGAGGUGUCGGCCAGCAGACCAGUUGUGCUGUUUUCGCGUCACAGAAAAAUGAUGGUGAUAGGAGUCCAGCAGCUGCAGUUCCUGAAGCAGCCUCAGGACUACAAGCUGCCGACCCGUCAGCACGGAAAAAUACUUCUGCCGAGAGCCACGAACUUGAACAACCGAAGCACCGGCCCAGCAGUCAAUCCUCCGGAGCCAGUUUGGAGAUCUUGGGCGAAACCAAACCAGAUAGCGUCGAUGCUUUAUCCAGCAAGAAGCCCCCACUUCUACCCCCGCAGGUACAGCAGCAAGACGAAACGGUCGGGCAAGUCGACUCCGCCGGUAGGCUGA